AAUCAACCGUCACAAAUUUAGCGUCGUUCAAAAUACAUAAUAAAAAUAAUUUAAUGUAGUUGGUGUUAAAUUUUUAGAAACUCUUUUUUUCAUCUAUAAAAAUGGCAAGAAAAAGGAAAAUCCCCAUGAAAAAAAUUGUAGAAGAAGAGGGAAAUGAGGACGAGUUGAUUGAAAACGAGAACUCAGAGAAUUCUUCUAUUCAACAAGGCCCCAUGUAUAACAUAAUGAGUAACGUACAACUUUGCGAAACCUUUCAUAACAAAUAUAUUAAGGAGAUGCAACAAUUAUAUAAAAAAAUGGAUCACGAUGCAUUUAUGUUUACGUUUAUUAAAAUGAUUAAGUCAGCAAUGGAAGCUGAAGAAAACAACGAGUACGCCAACACAACUUUGCACUUUUGUGCAAAAUAUAUUUCUUCCUAUCAAAGUGAUAUAACACAUCCUGUAUUACUUGAUACAUUUAAAUGGAUCACAUCAACGAUCAGCACUAAUCCACAUAUAAGAUAUCGUUUAUGUCAAUUUGUCAAUAUUAUCCUGUGUGCCCUAGGUCCUGAAGCUGCACUUGACGAUUGUAUAUGUGAUAACAUUAUGAGUUACAUGAACACAAGACUGAGUGAUAUUAAUCCAAACGUCAGAGUUCAAGCAAUUCUUGCUUUGCAAAGACUUCAAAAUCCUGAUAAUCCUGACGAUAUUAUAUUGAAAACAUAUCAAUUUCAUUUAGGUGCAGACCCUUCACCUAAAGUCCGCAUGGCCGUAAUAAGUUCAAUUGGUAGAAACUUUAACACAAUACCAUAUAUUUUGGAACGUUUAUGGGAUAUAGACGAAAAAGUACGUCGGCACACUUAUUUAAAUAUGAGCAGUUAUCCAGUUCGUUCCUAUAAAGUUGCGCAAAGGCUUACUUUUUUAGAACAAGGUCUUAACGAUCGAUCUGAUAUGGUUAAAAAGGUUGUUUCUUCGGUUAUGCUUCCACAGUGGUUAGAAUCUUAUAACAAGGAUUAUAUCGAAUUAAUAUCUGCUCUAAAGCUAGAUGCAAAUGAAGCUGAAAUUGAUAGAUUUCGUAAGACCGCGAAAUUAGCUCUUAAGGAAAUGUUUAAAAAAGGCAACGUAGAAGAAUUAGUCAAAUGCUUACCAAUUGAAAGGGAUGAUCUAGAGAAAGAAUUUUACAAAUGUGUUCCACAUGAAAAACUUAAAAUUGAGGUGUCCAUUUAUUGGAUUUGUCUAAUAGAAUAUUUGCAGCAACAAAUGGCUGAUGAAAUUGACGUAAUUAUUCCCGAAUUAAGCACCUUUUGCUUGUAUAUACUAAAAUUCUGCGAACUUAGAAAACUGAGCAACGACGAUGAUAAGUGGAGAAAGAUGGAAAAUCAAUACAUUUUAUUGGGCUUGAUGGAAAUAGUUUACACAUUUGAUUUGGGCGAUGAGAUAGGAAGGGAGAAUCUUAAACAACUUUUGGGGACCUUAUUAAAAAAUCAUGACAUUAAUGGAAAAGUAGUCGAAAUGGUUGUCAGAUGUGCGGAAAAUCUAAUAACUAAUCAGGAAGAUCGGCUUCAGUUUUUUGUUGAUAUAAUAAAAGAAAUAACCGACACCAAGGCCGGAAAUUUAAAUGAUUUUCUAAACAAUAGGAAUUUAAUUGAUGAACUUCUAGACAAAAAUUCAGAUAUAAAUUUGAAAUUGAAAAUCACCUCUCUUCGUGUCAAAAUAUUGGAUUUAGAAGAGCAAGAAAGAAAUUAUGUUGACAAAAAAGACUACGUCGAAGCGCAAAAAAUUACUGAAGAAAAAAGCGCUUGUCAUGAGGAAUAUAUGAAUUUAUUAAAACCUCUAUUAAUCCAGACAUCAACUUCAGAAAACUCGGACAGGCUAAAGUCGGCAUAUGUAAAUCUUCAACAGCCCAAAAAAAUAACGAGCGAAGAAAUAGUUAAAUGUUUACAAAUUUCAUUUUACAUGGUCGCUUCAAAAAAAGUUAAUUCUUUAACACCAAAUGUUUGUGAAUUAUAUAAGAACUUUAUAAGAAGACAUAUUGAAUCAAGUACAAUAUUCGUAAGAAAUUGGGCUCUAAAGUGUGGAACAGCUUAUAGUAUGCUCUAUGACCAGUUGGCCAAAGAUGUUUACAGUGAACUUUAUACACAAUUUUUUAAAAAUCAAAAUAUAACCAUUUGGAAUACUUCUAUUGACUGUUUGUUUGAGUUAAUAGAUAGGUAUGGGUUUGACCAUUUUGAAAAUACAGAUAAGCAGAAUAAAAAUAAAAAUCGUCGUCAAUUAUAUAACACUUUAGAGUUUUUGGAUGUUGAUGAAGAUGUUUCUUCUACUUCUACCUUUCAUGUUGAUGUUAUUUUUAUGAUGUCUCAUAUUUUGGAUACAUGUGAGGAUGUAUACAUUCUUCGAGCAAUAGUGAAAGGAAUGUGUCGGUUAGUACUUCAUGGUCAUAUAAAAAAUGAUGAUAUCAUGGAAAAGCUAUUACUGAAGUACUUUAAUCCAGCUACUGAACCUGAGAUUAACCAAAUUUUGGGAAUGUUCUACAGAAAUUUAAUUAAAAAGAAGAGACAAGAAUACCUGCAACCUUGUUUAUUACCAACAAUCAACACAAUUUUAACUGCUCCAUAUGACAGCCCUUUUCAUGAAAUUAAGCCCGAAACAGUUAUAAAAUUUGUUGUGGAUGCCACGAGGCCACAGUUUUGUAGUACGGGUCUAAAUAUUCAUAAUACCAUUGCUUUAUCUUUCAUGCAAGAAAUGCAGAAUAACCUUAGCAAUAAAGAAUUAGUUAAAAUUUUAUCAAAAGAGCUAUUCAGUCUAGAAAUUUCUGCAUCUGAUGAUGCUCCAUUAAGAAAUGAUCUAGGAAAAUGCUGCGACAAAUUAUUAGAGAGCGAACUAGAUUUUAAAUCUGCUAAAAAUAUAAGAAGUUUUAAAGAAGUUUUGAAUGGUAAUUUUGCAGGAGGUUUGAGAGUAACACAAGACGGGUCAGAAGAGGAUGAAGAUGAGUCUGACCACGAAACACAAGCAACAACAGAAACUACGCAAAGUGUAAAUAUAAAUAGUGCGCCAAAUUUUUCCGAAACUGAACCAAAUAGAGAUAAUCUGAAGGAAACAGGGCAAUCAAACCAAAGAACUGAAAACGAAAAAGGUGAUGGUAGUGAACAUGCACAAAAUGCUUUACCAGAAAAUUCAAUCCAAGGCAACGAGCUUGUAAACAAAGAAAAAUUAGAAAAAAUUCCGGGACAAAAUGAGGAUAACACAUGUAAAAUCAAUGACCGUAAUAUUAAUUCCCCAAAUGCAAAGACUCCAAACAGUACUGCAAUCGAGGCAACCAUUUCAAAAGAAAUCACCCAAAACUUAACACAAAAUGUAAGCGCAAUAAUACCUCCGCUUAUGUCAGAUAAUUCAACCCCUAGAAAAACAAUAUCCGACAAUACAAAUGAAUCAGCUCAAGCUUCCAUUGUAAAUCACAACAAAUCUGCCACAACAUUUGGCCGUGAUAAUAAUACAAAUAUGAGAUAUUUAAGAAAAUCCUUGAAUCUUCGACAAACUUCACAUAAUAACGAAGAUGGACCCACUAUGCCACCUAAAAUCCGGAUCGAAGCAAAAAUGCAAGCCAAUAUAAAAGGAAUUCAAGAAGUACCUCAACCAGCUCUUGAAUCAAGCACGACCACUAAUAAAGAAUAUUCAGAUACCUCUGACAAAAACAAACGCAGCACUCAAAUCAAUGAUGAAGAAAAUGAAGCUAUAAAUAAAACUGCAACAGACUUGAGUUUAGAUUUAACAUCGGAAGCGGUUGCCGCAUCUCCGGAAGCUGUCAUAAAUAAACAUGGAAAAAGGGAAUUAAGUAGACUGAAAAAAAAUUCCGUUUCAAAAACGAAAACUGUGCAAGCAGCAGUGGAAAAUCCAAAAGUAAGUGAAAAAUCUCCAGCAAGUUCCAUAACUUCAGAGCGCAAACAAACGCGUUCCAUUACUAAGAAUAAACAGGAUGUAACUAUCUUAUCAACAGCAGAAAGUGAGAAAAAAGCUUACCCGAAAACUCCGAAACCAGUUGCACCCAAAUCAAAUUCACAAAAUGUAAACUCCGCAAGCAAAGCGCUGAAUCAGUCUAAUCAAAAAGUUGAUGCAAAAUCUAAAACAUUUCCGUCUAAAAAUCAAACUCCAGUAAAAGUUAGUAAACAGACCAAAACUGGUAAUACUUCAAAUGAAAAUUCUCCCAGCAUAAGUACCAGAAGUGCAUCAAAAAGGGAUCAUUUGGCAAACGCAAUUGUAACUCGUAAACGAUUGUCAGAUAAUUUUUCAACGUUAAAACAAAGUAUUGAUAGAGGAAAAGCAAGUAGAAUUCCAGUAAGUAAAAAUACUGUUAAUAGUAAGGAGGACAAAAGUUCACAACAACAACAAAACAAGAGCAAUAAAACCGAUUCAAGCAAAGUAAAUAAAAAUCAACAAGUUCAAUCGAAUUUAAGAAAUGAAACUGAAGAUACAAUAAAAAAGAAUAAGAACUUAAAUACCAAGUCAAAUCUUCCUGUACGAUUAAAGAGCAGCAGAUUAACAAAAAAAUAACGAAGAAUAAAUUUUUGUCAUAUGAAAUGUAUUGCUUGUAAUCUUUGUCCGUAACAUAAAUAUAAAUAAAAAUUUUUGUACGUAAAAUUGAAUCGCACCUGUAAUUGUAAUUAUGUAAGUUCUGUUAUGAAAAAUUUUACUGUUUUUCAUGUAAAAAUAAUAUCAAGAAAUUUUAAAUUCAGCGUUAUGCAAUAUUUUAGAUAAACGACUUUAUUACUCCUAUGAAUUCUCAAUUCAAGAUUUAACAAAAAAAUUUAAUAAAAAAAAUGUUGAUAAAACUUUUAAUAAAAUAAGCAACUCUAGUAAAAAAUUU